AUGGUUCACUUCUAUAGACGUACUGCCCACUCAGCGUUGCAUGUAAUGGACACGCAAAAUCAGACCACAGUGACUAAAUUUACCCUGACUGCCUUCCCAGUUGUCCAGAAGCUUCAGAUUUCCCUCUUCGUGGUCCUCUUGUUUACGUACAUGCUUAUUCUAACAGGAAAUAUUGUUAUCAUCUCCCUGAUAUGGGCUGAUUAUUGCCUCCAAACCCCUGUGUACUUCUUCCUCAGUGAUUUGUCAUUUGGGGACAUUUUAUACACAACCUCAGUUACCCCAAAGCAAAGGCAAAGCUCUGAUGGAAGUGGAAAGAGAGUUGGAGACACGAUGCUGCUGGCUGGCUUUGAAGGAGAGAAUAAGACCACAUCUUUCCCUGGCUGCAUCAUCCAAACCUACUUCUAUUUCUUUCUGGGGACAGUGUUUAUCCUCUUGGCAGUGAUGUCCUUCAAGUGCUAAGUGGCCAUCUGUAACCCACUGAGAUACACCCUCACCAUGAACAGCAGGACCUGCCUUCUGCUGAUCCUGGGCUUCUGGGUGGGGGCCUUCCUGUCCAUGUUGGUACCAACCAUUGUAGUGACAAGGAUACCUUACUGUAACAAAGAAAUUAAUCAUUUUUUUCUGUGGCCUCAUCCCUCUUCUAAAGCAGCCUGCGCCGACACAAGCAUCUCCGAGCUCCUAGGUCUCUUGGCAAUCAUUCUGGUGGUCCCAGGGUCACUUCUCUUCACGAUCAUUUCUUGUAUCUACAUCCUGUCCACUGUCCUACAGAUUCCUUCAGCUACUGGCCACCAGAACGCUUUCUCUACCUGUGCCUCUCACUUGGCAGUUGUCUCCCUGUUCUAUGGAGCUGUUUUGUUCAUGUACCUAAGACCCACAGCACAUUCCUCCCUUAAGGGAUAUAAGGUAUAUAAGGUGUCAGUGCUAAAUACUAUCCUCACACCCAUGCUGAAUCCCUUCAUUUACACAGUGAGUAAGGAGGUAAAAGGAGUCUUAAGGAAGGCAAUGACUGCUGCGGCCAGCUGA